CGCUCGCCUCGAGUCCACCACUACUCUAAUCAGAGCUUUGCAAGCGCAACGAUACGAUGUCGCGUAGCUCGUACAUGCAAACGAUUCGUUGACUCGUGCGUUGUGUGCUGCUGCCUUGUCUUCGUUCGGAGCACCGAGUGCAGUAUACGGUGGGAGAGACGUAUCGCAGGCUGCUGUGUGCACAGCUGCAAGCCUAUGUGUGCAGUGCAGCCAGUAGCACUAGAGAUACUCUAGCAGUAGACACGCGUUUGCGGAGAGUGCUGAGUGCAGUUGCAUGCGUGUGCACAAACUUAGUAUAUAACUAACAAAACAACAGGCGGCUGUGCGUGUGGAUCGUCGUAACAUAUAGCAUAUAUUGUAAUAAUAUUAUAGUACGGAAACUGCACAAGAUAUGUCAGCAGCGGUCGGUAGUAGCAGCUACAUCAGCAGCUACUGCUCGUCGUCGUCGUCGUCGUCGCCGCGGCCCAUGCCGAGCAGAAGACGCCAAGCAGCGGAUCGACAGCAGCAGCAGAGCAGUAGCACUAUAGUAGAGUAGUGUAGUGUAGUCCGUCGAGCCGUGCGGAGACGUUACAAUACAAAAUAUCUUAUUAUAUAUCACAAUAUAAUAAUGAGCUGCCUGUUACACUAACUAGACAAACGGCCGCGGUAUACAGAUAGAAAAGAAGGAGUUCUCUCUCUCUCUCAACGCACAAGAAAAAAAUCCACGAGCGCGCAACCUCAUUUAUUUAUUAUAAUAGUCAUUAUAUAGGCGCACAAAUUGACGUACGCGGCCCGUACGACGAAAGAGAGAGAGAGAGAAGCAGAGAUGUUUUGCAACGUCCUUUAGGCCGGACGACGUACGGCGCGCGCUUACGUGCGUAUGUAAUUUAUAACACCGCGUCGUCGUUGUUCGCAGUCGACGUGCGUGCGUGCGUUUAAAGUGUGUGUCACAGCUAGUCAAUCAGUGCAUCAUCAUCAUCAUCAUCAGGCAGGCAGCAGCAGCUGUAGCAGCAACACAGUUCAAUCGACGAUUACAAAGGUGUAGAUGUUUUGCCGCAAACAACAGAAGAAGAGAGAAGAAAUAAUAAGAGUGCGUGUGACAAUAAGAGAUAUCGUCGUUAUACACGAGUGUUUGCAUUCAUUCCUUGUUGAUGACUCAAAAAUUUGGAAGAGAAUGAUACCCAUUCAAUGGCAAUAGAGGAACGUCAUAACGCACCAUGUUGAGUUAAGUCCAGGCUGAAUCAACUACCAACAGUUGUCACAUAAAUCUGCACCAACAGUCGUGAAUUUUUACUCUGCAAUUUUACACCCCAAUAAAAAACAAGAAUAAAUCAUAACAAUGGCGAGCACAAAGUCAGCUGAAAAUGCAGUGCAGACAAAGCCCAUUGAGGUAUCCGAAAUGCUGCAGACCGGUGAGAAAUUUGUCAAGUGGGACGAGGAUGCAACUCCACAAAUCCAACCAUGCACUUUGUUCGUCGACAAAAAUGGUUUCUAUCUGUAUUGGAUACCUCAGAGUAAUGAAACAGAAAUACUUGAUAUUGCAAUGAUUCGUGAUGCACGAACUGGAAAAUAUGCUAGAACUCCUAAGGACGUGAGAUUGAAGAAUCAAGUCACGAUGGGCUCGCAGGACUCGCUCGAGGACAAGACCAUGACGAUCUGCUACGGCUCGGACUUCGUCAAUGUGACGUUCAUCAAUUUCUGCACGACUCGGGCCGACAUAGCCCGACACUGGACCGACCAGAUUCUGCAUCUGGCUUACAAUCUCACGCAGCUCAACACCAGCACGACGAUGUUCCUGCAGAAGGCCCACACCAGGCUCACCCUCAUCACGGACAAGAACGGCAACGUACCCGUAAAGAACGUAAUCAAGAUGUUUACGCAGCACAAGGACGACCGCAAGCGCGUCGAGAAGGCCCUUGAGAGCACCGGCCACUCGGUCGGCAAGAACGACUCCAUACCCAUACAGAAGUUUCAGUUCGAGGACUUUUUCACGUUUUACAAGGCCCUCACGCAGCGCAGCGACGUCGAGAAGAUCUUCGACCAGCUGGUGGGCAACUCCAAGAAGAAGCUGAUGUCGGCCGCGCAGCUCGUCGAGUUUCUGAAUCAGACUCAGCGCGAUCCGCGUUUGAACGAGAUCCUCCAUCCGUACGCAAACACGGCCCGCGCCAUGGAGAUCAUCACGCAGUACGAGCCGAGCAAGGCCAACGCCCAAAAGGGCUACCUGAGCUCGGACGGAUUUCUGCGCUACUUAAUGAGCGAGGACAAUCCGAUCAUGGCCGUGUCCAAGUUCGAGCUGUCGGACGACAUGGAUCAGCCGCUGGCGCACUACUUCAUCAAUUCCAGCCACAAUACCUAUCUGACGGGCCACCAGCUGACCGGCAAGAGCUCGGUCGAGAUUUAUCGGCAGUGUCUGUUGGCCGGUUGUCGAUGCGUCGAGCUCGACUUCUGGAACGGGAAGGACGCCGAGCCGGUGAUCGUUCACGGAUACACUUUCGUGCCUGAAAUCUCGGCGCGAGACGUGCUCGAGGCGAUAGCCGAGAGCGCCUUCAAGACAUCCGAGUAUCCGGUCAUACUGAGCUUUGAAAACCACUGUAAUCCGAGACAGCAGGCCAAGAUCGCGCAGUACUGUCGCGAGUUCUUCGGCGACAUGCUGCUCGAGACACCUCUGGAAUCUCACAAGUUGGAGCCGGGCCAAGAGCUACCGCCGCCCGCCCUGCUCCGCAGAAAGAUCAUCAUAAAGAACAAGAAGAAGCAUCAUCAUCACAAGAAGCACCAGAAGAAGGCCCACCAGCAGCAGCCGUCGACCGAGGUCAUCGACGAGGGCAACGAGGCCGGCGAGGACAACAGUAGCGAGGAUCAGUCGGCCAAGGGCGAGAACGGCCCGCCGCCCGACAUCAUUCCCCAGAGCGAAGUCGCUGCCGCGGGGGAGACGGCCAGCUUGGACAACAGCAGCAACGGCGGUAACACCGGCGGUGUCGUUCUUGCGCAGCAGCAGUCGGUCGGUAACGGCGGAGUGAAUCAUCCGCCCAUGCUUCAGAAUCGACAGAGCAGCAAGGACAGCGCUCAAGACGAAGAAGGAGCUCUUUCGAAAUCAAUCUGUUCCAAUGUUGCAGACGAGGACGAGGAAUCCAGCCUCAGCGAGGAGGAGUCCAACGUGGACCCCGUCACGUCCGAGAAGGCCGCCGACGCUAAGGAGACGGAGGCCGGUGCCGAGAUUUCCGCACUUGUCAAUUACGUUCAACCCGUUCAUUUCAUCAGCUUCGAAGUGGCAGAAAAAAAGAACCGAUUGUACGAGAUGUCGUCGUUCGACGAGAAGCAGGCGACCACGCUGCUGAAGGAACGUCCGCUGGAAUUUGUCAAUUACAAUAAGCAUCAGCUGUCGCGGGUCUAUCCGUCGGGCACGCGCUUCGACUCCAGCAAUUUCAUGCCUCAAGUUUUCUGGAACGCGGGCUGUCAGCUGGUGGCUUUGAACUAUCAAACUAUGGACCUGGCCAUGCAACUGAACCUGGGCAUUUUCGAGUACAACAAGCGCUGCGGCUAUCUGCUCAAACCCGAAUUCAUGCGACGCAAGGAUCGACGAUUGGAUCCCUUUGCCGAAUCGACGGUCGACGGUAUCAUAGCGGGAAUGGUGCAUAUUCACGUCAUAUCGGCUCAAUUUCUAACGGACAAAAGAGUCGGGACGUAUGUGGAAGUGGAUAUGUAUGGAUUGCCCGCUGAUACCGUGAGGAAAAAGUUCAGAACCAAGAUCGUCCCCAACAACGGCAUCAAUCCUGUCUACGACGAGGAACCUUUCAUCUUCAAAAAAGUGGUUCUUCCCGAACUCGCCUCCAUUCGCAUAGCCGCGUACGAGGAAUCCGGAAAAAUGAUCGGACAUCGCGUUCUUCCAGUCAUCGGACUGUGUCCGGGCUACCGUCACGUGGCACUGCGCACCGAAUGCGGCCAGUCGCUUCCUCUCGCCAGUCUGUUUUUACAUGUCAUCGUCAAAGAUUACGUGCCGCACGGCUUGAGCGAUUUCGCCGAGGCACUGGCCAAUCCCAUCAAAUAUCAGAGCGAGCUUGAAAAAAGGACCCAACAACUGUCGGUGCUCACCGACGAUCUCGAGGAGCCGAAAUCAGGAGAAGUCGAGGAGGAGACGUCAGCUUUAGCGACCACUGCACCGGCUACGGCGGCCUCGGUCACGACCUCGGGUGCUGCGAGCAGCAGUGCCAAGUCGACGCAGAGAGUCCGAUCGAUCGGUGAACUUCCGACGAACUUAGCGCCGAGCAGCAUUGGUAGCCCUCAUGGCCGGCCAUCGAUCGGCGCGAUCAACUCGGCCGAUUCUCAAGAACUGGAGGACGGAGUUUCGGCGCUAGCUGUCACUGUGGUCGAUGGCUCGUCCAACAAGAGCCCAUUGAAUGCCAGUACAAGUUCGUUUUCGCUGAUUGCGGAAGACAUCGUCGCCGAGUCUUUGGAAAAGUUAAUGGAAAACAAACUAGUUAAAGAGAAAAAGAUGGAACUGGAAAAGAAGUUGGAAUCGCUGAAGAAAAAGCAAGAGAAGGAAAAAGUCAAAGUACAAAAUUCGAAAGGAUUGGUCGAUAGCGACAAUAAAAAGUCCAAAUUUAAUAUGGGUAAUAAAUUAGUCAAGCGACUAUCCAGCAAAAACAUCAGCUUCUCGAGCGAGGUGGCACUGAGCGCGAUCGGAUCCCUGCCGGAGACGACCGCCGAGUCGCCCGAGACCGAGGGCACCACCGACGCAACCGCUGCCCUGGUCACCAAAGCCCUGCCACGAAGUCAGAGCGAGCGUCUCCUCGCCGUCUGCAAGGAGCACGUGCUGCAGGAGCGCGAGCUCCAGGAGAAGUACCACGAGAGCAUGUUCUCGACCGUCGACAAGGUCAUGAAGAGCUCGCAGUCCAGCCAGCUGAAGGCGCUCCAGACGCUGUACGAGCGCGAGACGGCCGACGUCAAGCGCAAGCUCGCGGCCAAGAGACACGACGAGGUGAAGAAGUUGGCGAAGAUCCACAAAGACAAAGCCGAGCUCGAUCGCAUGAAAAGGGAAGUAGCAAAAUCGACCGUGGAAAAGGGAGUCAACGAAUGCACCAGGCUAACCAAGAUAUAUGAUAGAAAGAGGAUGGAAUUAGAAAAACAACACGAGGAAGUGAGGCAGAGAUUCGAUGAUGAAAAGGCUAAGGUACGCGCGGCUCUACAGACCGAGUACACCAGCCGCUACAGCAAAUUCGAGAGCGGCUCGAUCGAACUGUCGCCCACCAAGGGAGGAGGAGGAGGAGGCGGCGAAGCAGGAGCGGGAGAGUCCGCCGAGGACCAGCACCAGCCGAGCGACCAAGUGGACAAGCCCUACUAGCAGGAGGAGUCCGGGGCUCGCCAAUGGUUCAUCUGCUUUCGACGCCAGAAGCACCACCGCUGAACGCGAACGAGGCACAAGAGAUCCCAUCUUAACCAUGGGCCCUGCCGCAAUAACGAUAACAAAAAUGACUCAUUCUUCUUGAAUAAGUAAGUCUUCAACUACUCUGCUGCGCGGCGAUCGUAAGGAUGAUGUUUAAUGCACAAACGGCAUCAUCCUUCGACGAGCUAAACGUCGCGCGGCAACAACAGCAAAUCUCUUGCCCCCCUGUGUUACAAUCCGCUGCGCGCACGGAGUCGACACACACACACACAACUCGACUCAGGCGCCAGAAAGAUCGGCGCCGAGUAAGGCCGCCACAGUCAGGCCCCGAGAAAAUUACGAGGAGCUGCAUUUCUAUUUAAAAUAUUAGCAAAAAAAAAGUAACAUUCCAAUUUUUCCUUGUCGAUGAGAGAAACAUGAUUCAACGCGGUGGUGUGUUUCUGGGUGCGUUGGCCACUUGUCGCCAAAAAAAUACUCUCCGAUUAUAAGAAAAAAAAAAAGAAGUAAAUUGUCAAAGUAAACAGGUUCACGCUCUCAUACACACUUGCAUGCAUACGUACAAAAAAAAUCGCUUGCACGCACACACACAUACGUACACGUACAUAUACACGAACGCGCACGCGUCAUCGACAGUAUUAAGUAAUACAAUUGAUAAGUGGGUGGUAUGGCAAAUUUUUCUUUUUUCUAAAGCGCCAAAUAUAUAAAUCGUAGGCUGAUAUAGAUCAAACAUGAGAGAUAAGCGUGCAACGAUAAAAAAAGAAGAAGCGUCGUUGACGAAACAAUCGAGCAAAAUUUUGACUCUGACUUUGAAUCAUUGCGGGAUACAUAUAAUAUGAUUUCAAGCGAAAAAUUUCAUCGCGUGCGCACACGUGCUGCGCGUUGGGCUCUAUGUAUCACACACACACUCUAUCCGUAAUAAAUUUAUUGUUAAAUACAUGCAUAAGCCGUUGCGAUCUUCGUUCACAGAAAACUAACUACUAGAUACAUUAUCUAACUACAUUAGGAAUUAGCUUUUGAUCCAUUGUGCACGAGAGAGACGAUGAAAAUUUAUUGGAUUCAGACCGUCCAAUUGUGAAAUAUACAGGCCUAGGAAUGUGAAAACUAUGAUAAAGUAGUUUUCCGGAAAUCAAAAGAACAAAAAAAAACCUUAAAUAAUUCAAAAUGACGCUUCGUCGAUGAAAGCUACAUUCGUCCUAUUUUAUUGACCCGUACCCAUUCCGAAAUAUGUAUUUGGAAAGUUCUCGAGAAAGUACGUAGUUCAAAUAAGCAAUCGGAAAUAUUCGCCUUUCCAAAAUGUCUUUAUUCUUGAUUUUAAUUCACCCACAAAAAUUUUUCCUCGAUGCUUGAAUCUUUAAAAAAAUUGAUUAAUUACUAUCGAAAAACAUUAUUAUUAAAAAGGUCGACCGAGACCAAGUUUUCCGUAAAGACAAUCAAAAAUGUUAUACCCGCUAAGUGUUUCGAGCGGUCUUAACAUUUUCUUUCAUACACAUAUAGCAUUAUAAGUUUCACUACUUCGCAUGAUAUACAUUUAACAAAGUGCACCUCAUCCAACAAAUCUCAUGAUAUGAUAAUAUUAAUAAUAACAAAAUAAUAGUAAUAAUAAUGAUAAUAAUGAUAAAUAUUAUAACGACAACAAAAUGACAAAAUGUUAAGAAAAGGAUAAUAACCAUCGGGAUUAAUUAUCAACGAUAAUCCCGAGAUUAUGAACUAAAAACUGCACUAUUUCGUCGUCAAAAAUUAUGCAAGGAAACUUUUAACUCGAUUUCGUGAAAAUCGCCCCCCAACAUUUGUCGUAAAUAUAAUAUAAUAUAUUUUACGUUGAAUGACGAUGCAAUUCCUCGAAUGACUCAUUCAUUGUUUUAAUAAAACAAAACAAAAAAAAACUGAGCAUGUGUAAAAAAAAGUUACAAGCAACUGCCCGAGAUGAACAAGAUGCGGUUUUUUUUCUGUAAGCAUCCCGCAUUGUGAUAUUUAAUAUGGAUCUCAUAAGCAAUUAUAGGAUCGUUGCUGGGUUCAAAUCUUAUACAGUUAAGUAUAUAAUAAUAUAUGUACCAGUAUAUGUUUGGUUGUGCGCAAAAUCAAAGCUCAAUAUUAGUUUUUAAGCAUACGUUGUAAUGUACAUGUCGAAAUUAGUUUUUAAUUGGACGUAUACUCCACACGAUGCGUGACGAAAAAAAAUAUGUGUUUUACUGUUGUGAAUAAUGUGUUUUUUUCGGAAAAAACAUGUGUAUAUGGGCUGUAUCGCGACACGACCACGGUGGCGAAAAAAAAUAUCAACUAAAAUACGUAUUAUCAAAGAUUGAAAUUUUCCGCUUACAAUAGUAGUUAUUAUAAACUUUCAGAAUUACCCUAAAAUAAAUAAUAGGGGUUUACGAUACGUACAAGGAUUAUGAUUAGCAUUUUAGGCGCUACCCACGAUCAGAGUACCGUAAUCUGUUUCAAAUUUUAUACAGUUAUGUGAAAUCAAUUUUUUUCGGGCUUUAAUGAGAUGAAUAGAAUGAUUAUAGAAUAUAGAUCAUCAAAUAACGAGAAAGCAAAUACUAUCGAAUAAAGAGUACGCACGUUUGUUGAUCUAAGUUAAAAAAGGCAAAGAAUAGCGUGUUGCUUGGCAAAAUUCUAACGGAAUUAAUUUUCCGUGAGUUUUUUAAUUAUAAAAUUCAAUUUAAAAUUUUUGUCAGUCCAUGAGCGAUAAAACCAAAAAUUUCCGAAUCUUCAUACUUAUUUUAAUCUCCGCACAUGAGAAUGUAUGUAGUUGAUACAUCAUUUAUGUGCUGUUAACGGUCAAGACGAUACAGUCCAUAUUUUAAUUUUACGAUACGAAACCCGAGAUUAUCACGUUCAUGUCUAUGUGGUUAUCUUACAAAUAUUGCUUAGAUUGUGCAAGGAAAAGGAUAUUUGAGUUUAUCGGAGCCUUCGACUUUAUCCUAAAGAACGUAUUAAAACUAAAAAAAAAAAAAAAUAAAUCACUGUACUCUGUUCUAUUGAGAAAAAUAGUACUCAACUAUGUGUAAUUUUUUGCGAGAUAUAUAUAUUAUACGUUAAAUUUUUUAAGAUUUCUUUUUUAUACUGUACGUCAAUUAUUGAUUUUUAAAUAUUAUGCUUUUGUUAUUUUAUGCAUACGAUUGAAAAUUUUAUUUUUCCUACUUUGUACGAUUUCUAUUGUUUAAUUGAAAAAUGUGAUAUUUUCGGAGACACUGAAAAUUUAAGCGUAAGUGUUUGAAAUAUAAGUGUAAUUUUAACGUUGUGUAGCGAUCAGUAAAAGUUUUCCUUCGUAGAGUGUAUAAUCAAGCUUGAUCGUUGAUUUAAGUCUGCUUUUCAUGUUACAGAAAAAGAUUUUUUAAGCUUACUUCAUUUUUGAUUUCCAUUUACUAAAGGUUUAUCUCAAUCAAAACUGCAAAUAAGUUUUGAUUAAAACGCAAAAGUAAACUACGAAUUUCAUACAUUCAUGUAAUACCUUUUAUAGAAUUAAGUAUGUUUAUUCGAGGGCUUACAUACACUUUGGGUACAUUUGAAAAAAAUUGAGGGUGAACGUGAGCCCUCGACGUAUGAAAUUUAUUAUAAAAGCCAAGAAUAAAAAAUAUGUAAAAUCGAAGUUCAAUGAUGCUUAUACGAAUUCAUGAUUUAAAAAAUAGCACAAAGCAAUUAAUUUCCAGUGAAAACUUUUACUUUUAUUUUUGAUAUGAAACAUUUUCAAUGAUUGCUCAGAGCAAAGGAAAUAAUUGUAAAUAUAUGUUUUAUGUAAUAAGUUUUUAAUUGAAAACUUUUUAAGUCCGUUGAUCGGAUCUAUUUCCGUUAUGUGAAUAACGAAAGCAUAACUUACUUUAUAUCUACAUACCAGGAGAAAAAUAAAUGAGUAUUAUCGAGUUCUUUUACGUUCGCAUAAAAACAAAUCUAUAUAAGAUAAUUUUAAAAAAAGGUACAAGUCCAUCUUUAUAAUACCGAAUAUACUUACAUACUGUUCCUUCGACUUCUUCCUGGUACUUUUUAAGUAUUUGUAAAUACUGUGGAUCACAAAGACGUAAUAUAAAAUACUACAUUCAACGUUAAGAACAUGAUAAUUAUAAUUAUUAUAAUAAUAUUAUCAAUGAUAUGUUGUUGCUGUUGAUAUUGUUAAUGGUAUUAAUAGAUGAUAUGGAAUAGUCAUACUCACAGUUCUAUAGGUAAGGAUAUAAUUGUUACUUUAUAAUAAAUCUUGUUACACAAAUCGAUCGCUGUCAAAAAGGCAUCGAUUUUGGUACGAGCAGUUGUAAGACCAACCGUUCUAAAAAUAUAGCUCAUCUAAAGCUGUUAUUAAGUCCAUUAGAAUUUUAUUUUACAUUAAGUGUUAGCUCCAAAAAGUUAUAUUGUGUUACUGAUAAUUUUUUUAGUACUAAGAGAAUGAGAGAGAGCGAGAGAAAGAAAGAGAGUAAAAAAUUAACUAGUCUCAUAUUGAUAUAAAGUGAAUCCAUUGUUUUGUUUUACUAUUGGCUGGAACGUAAUAUAUUUUCAUUGAUGCGAAAUGUAAAUAAUCUAUGAAUAAAUGAAACAACUAAGUAAACAAUUUUGAUCUGAACGUUUUCGAAGAGUCAGUUUGCCAAAUAUUACGAAUAGAAGUUUCAUAAACAAUAAGUCAUUUGCGAUUAAUUAGUCCAUUUUAAUUCAUAAAUAAAAAAAAUUAGAUUUUUUCAUAGUACAAAAUAUUUAUUCACGUAAUAAAGUGAGCCUUCAAUUGAAGAAAAAAAUUGAAUGGCUGCCUAUAGGUAAUCCAAAUAGAUACCUUAACUUAUAAUAUUAUCAUUAUUAAUUUUGUUGUGAAUAUUUAUUAUUUUCAAAUGCACAAAAAAAGGUGUAAUGAAAUUUCACGUGAUAAAUGAAAAAUUGUAAUCACAGUAUUCUACGAAAAGUAAUGUCUAUUUCUGGAAAGUUUAUUGAACCAUUUUUCGAAGUUAAAUAAAAACACUCUUUUCUGUUGUCAUAAUAUUA